ACGACGCGGAUUUCCUGCACAUUUACCAUUGGCUAGUUGCGUCAGACGUCGUGCCGUAACCCGGAUGUCCGACGCGAUGUGAUGAUGAUGAUGCUGCUGCGCAUGUGCCGCUUCAUGAGCAACACAGUGAUCAUGUCCUCUGAAGAGCUGCUGUGUGUAGAUUAUGAGGUGUUUGGGAGGGUGCAGGGCGUGUUCUUUCGGAAAUACACACAGGUAAUGGUGCGUCUGUGUGUGUACACUGAUGCUGGGACGGUUCGAGGGCAGCUGCAGGGUCCGGCCUCCAAACUCCAGCAGAUGCAGCAGUGGCUGCAAACCACCGGCAGCCCUCAGUCACGUAUCGCCAAAGCAGAGUUCAAGAACGAGCGGCCCGUCGACAAACUAGACUUCAAGGAUUUCAAAGUUGUUCGCUAAUGACAGAACAACUCAAUUAGUAUUUAUUUAUUUAUUUUUGACCUAUUGUUCUUAUUGACAUUAUAUAACCUCUGUUCUAUAAUUUCAGAGUUCUGUGUUCUGUGUUCUGUAAAACACUCUCCUCCUGAUGUAAUAAAUAAUAUAAUAGACUUAA